AGAAGAGCCGUUAUGCUCUCUACAGUGUUGCUGGAGGAGACAGACAGGAGCUGCUCUCAUCAAGAAAUGAGCGCUAUCCUGUGCUAUGAGGUCUUCUUAUGAACUGCCCUACACAGCUGUAUGCAGCUCCUGUGCUCUUAGAAGAAUGCCAGGUUCAGCCAAAGAGAGAAGUCACCAGUGUUCAGAGUGUGGGAAGAGCUUCGCUGAGAGAUGGACCCUCAAAACACACCAGCGCAUCCACUCUAAAGAGAAACGGUUUGAAUGCUUAGAGUCCGGGAAGAGUGUGGUUCCCCUGCACUCCAGGUGGGGGCGCUAAUUGCAUCAGUGAUCUUCUACAAGCCCAGUAAAGCGGGGAAGCAGAAGCUCCGCUCUGGUCAGCAGGUCCAAGCCUCCGCGCUGCUAGAGGAGCCGAACAGGAGCUGCUCUCAUCGAGUUUACAUCUGCCACAAGUUGCUGUACAGAACAAGCUCCAGUACUCACAGAAUAACCUAAAGAAUGGACAAAGCAACAGCCAAGGAGAAAACUCAUCACUGCCCUGAGUGUGGGAAGAGUUUUAGAAAUGGAGCUACCCUCAAAACACACCAGCGCAUCCACAAAGGAGAGAAGCUGUAUGACUGCUCAGAGUGCGGAAAGCGUUUUAUUCAACGGGGUCAUCUUGAAACGCACCAGCGCAUCCACACAGGAGAGAAGCCCUUUCACUGCUCAGAGUGCGGCAAGAGGUUCACUGUAAAGAGCAGCCUCCAGACACACCAACACAUUCACACAGGAGUGAAACCGUAUCAGUGUUCCUACUGUGGAAAGAGUUUUACGAAGGGCAGUUCCCUCAAAAUUCAUGAACGCGUUCACACCGGUGAGCAGCUGUAUGACUGCUCAGAGUGUGGGAGGAGAUUCACUCGACAGAGUCUUCUCCAACAACACCAGUGGGUUCACACGGGACAGAAGCCAUAUCACUGCUCAGACUGCGGGGAGAGAUUUACUCGGCAAAGUAGUCUCAAAAAACACAAGCGUAGCCACCAAGGUGUAAAACCGUAUCACUGCUCGGAGUGUGGGAACAGUUUUACUGCACAAAGUAGUCUCCAAUCACACCAGCGCAUCCACACAGGAGAGAAACCCUAUCACUGCUCAGACUGUGGGAAGAGCUUUAUCACACAGAGUGUUUUCCAAAAACACAAGCGUAUCCACACCGGAGAGAAGCCGUAUCACUGCUCAGAGUGCGGGAGAUGUUUUAGAGACAGAGGUAAUCUCGUAAGACACCAGCACCUUCACGUGGGAGAGAAACCGUUUCAGUGUGCAGAGUGUUGGAGGAGUUUUAACCAUGCAAGUUCCCUCAAAAUACACCAGCGCAUCCACACUGGAGAGAAACCGUAUGAUUGUACAGACUGUGGGAAACGUUUCACUCAACAGUGUAAUCUUCAGAAACACCAGCGCAUCCACACAGGAGAGAAACCGUUUCGCUGCUUAGAGUGUGGGAAGAGUUUUAAAGAUGUCAGUUCCCUCAAAAUUCACCUGCGAAUUCACACAGGAGAGAAAAGAUAUCACUGCUUGGAGUGCGGGAAGAGCUUUAAAGAAGGAGGUACCCUCAGAACACACCAGCGCAUUCACACUGGAGACAAGCCGUAUGUCUGCUCAGACUGUGGGAAACGGUUUACUCAGUGGAUUGUCCUGCAAAGACACCAGCGCAUUCACACAGGAGAGAAACCAUAUUACUGCUCAGACUGUGGGAAAAGUUUUACUGUACAGAGUAAUCUGCUUAGGCACCAGCGCAUUCAUACAGGAGAGAAACCGUAUUACUGCACAGAGUGCGGAAAGAGUUUUACUCGACAGAGUCACUUUCAAACACACCUGUACAUCCACACAGGAGAGAAGCCAUUUCAGUGCUUAGAGUGCGGGAAGAGCUUUAAAGAUGGUGGUACCCUCAAAACACACCAGCGCAUUCACGCAGGAGUGAAACCGUAUGUCUGCUCAGAGUGCGGGAAGAGCUUUACUCGACAGAAUCACCUCCAGAAACAUCUGCGCGUUCACACAGGAGAGAAACCGUAUCACUGCCCACAGUGUGGGAAGAGUUUUUCUCAACAGAAUCAUCUGCAAACCCAUCAGCGCGUUCACACAGGAGAGAAACCGUAUCUCUGUGCAGACUGUGGGAAGAGUUUUACUGUUGCGAGUAAUCUCCAUAUACAUCAGCGCAUUCACACGGGAGAGAAGCCGUAUGAUUGCUUAGAGUGUGGGAAGAGUUUCACUCGACACAAUCAUCUCCAAAAACAUCUGCGCGUUCACACAGGAGAAAAACCGUAUCACUGCUCAGAGUGUGGGAAGAGCUUUACUGCACAGAGUAGUCUUCAACUACACCAGCGCACUCACACAGGAGAGAAACCAUAUGAUUGCUUAGAGUGUGGGAAGAGGUUUAUUCAGCAGAGUAGUCUUCAAAAACACCAGCGCGUUCACACCGGAGAGAAACCGUACCCCUGCUCUGAGUGUGGAAGGGCUUUUAAAAACAGAAGUUCCCUCAAAACACACCAGCGCAUCCACACAGGAGAAAAACCAUAUGACUGCCUGGACUGUGGGAAGAGAUUUACUCAGCAGAGUAGUCUCCAAAAACACCAGCGCACUCACACAGGAGAGAAACCGUAUCGCUGCUUAGAGUGUGGGAAGAGCUUUACAGGCAGAGGUAUCCUCAGGACACACCAGCGCAUUCACACGGGAGAGAAACCGUUUGUCUGUUCGGAGUGUGGGAAAAGUUUUACAGAUGGAAGCAUCCUCAAAACACACCAGCGAAUUCACACUGGAGAUAAGCCAUAUAAUUGCUCAGAGUGUGGGAAGAGUUUUACUCAGUGGAAUAUCCUCCAAAGACACCAGCGCAUCCACACAGGAGAGAAACCGUUUGACUGUUCAGACUGUGGGAAGAGUUUCAGUGUACAGAGUAGUCUCCAAAGACACCAGCGCAUUCACACAGGUGAGAAACCAUAUUAUUGCUCAGAGUGUGGGAAGAGUUUUACUCGACAGAGCCAUAUCCAAGCACACCAGCGCAUCCACACAGGAGACAAACCUUAUUACUGUUCAGAGUGUGGGAAGAGUUUUAAAGAUGGAAAUUCCCUUACAACACACCAGCGUGUUCACACAGGAGAGAAACCGUAUCACUGCCCGGAGUGUGGGAAGAGUUUUUCUCAGAAGAAUAGUCUGCAAACCCAUCAGCGCGUUCACACAGGAGAGAAACCGUAUCUUUGUGCACACUGUGGGAAGAGUUUUACUGUACUGAGUAAUCUCCAAACACACCAGCGCAUCCACACGGGAGAGAAACCUUAUGAUUGCUUAGAGUGUGGGAAGAGUUUCACACGUCAGAAUCAUCUCCAAAAACAUCUGCGCGUUCACACAGGAGAAAAACCGUAUCACUGCUCAGAGUGUGGGACAAGUUUUACUGCACAGAGUAGCCUCCAAACACACCAGCGCAUUCACACAGGAGAGAAACCGUAUAAUUGCUUAGAGUGUGGGAAGAGCUUUAAUCAGCAGAGUAGUCUUCAAAAACAUAAGCGCAUCCACACAGGAGAAAAGCCGUAUCAUUGCUCGGAGUGUGGGAAGAGUUUCAGGCAUUUAAAUACUUUAAAGACGCAUAAAUGUGCUAAGAGGGAGUUGAUAGCUCAUGAUAUGAGUUUGUCUAAUCAAGAAACCUAAUUUUUCUAGGUUAUCGUGAGUUCUGUAACUUGUGGCAAAUAGCUUUCAGUGAAGUAAAUUGUUAUUCAGGUCAAGUAGUAUUUAGUUUCAUUCCUAAACAUAACUUGUAUACAACCCCAAUUCCAAUGAAGUUGGGAUGUUGUGUAAAACAUAAAUAAAAACAGAAUACGAUGAUUUGCAGAUCAUUUUCAACGCAUAUUCACUUGAAUACCUUACAAAGACCAUUAAUGUUCAAACGGAUAAACUUUAUAGUUUUUUGCAAAUAUUCACUCAUUUUGAAUUUGAUGCCUGCAAUACGUUCCAAAGUUGUUGGGACAGGGGCAUGUCUACCACUGUGUUACCUUUCCUUUUAACAACACUCAAUAAGCAUUUGGGAACUAAGGACACUAAUUGUUGAAGCUUUGAAGGUGGAAUUCUUUCCCAUUCUUGCUUGAUGUACAACUUCAGUUUCUCAACAGUCCGAGGUGUACGUUGUCAUAUUUUGCGCUUCAUAAUGCACCACACAUUUUCAAUGGGAGACAGGUCUGAACUGCAGGCAGGCCAGUCUAGUACAUUUACAUUUAUGGCAUUUAGCA